UGCUUGUUGGGUGGGUGCUCUCUCUCUCUCUCUCUCUCUCUCACUACAUCUCUGGUUUUCUUGUCCGGUCGUCCACCUUCUUGCCUCUUAGCCUUCUGGGCUUCUUAGCUAAUUAGGAUACUUAGAAUGAGGAAGCCUUGCUGUGAUAAGCAAGAUACCAACAAAGGAGCUUGGUCCAAGCAAGAGGACCAAAAGCUCAUUGAUUACAUCCGAACCCAUGGGGAAGGUUGCUGGAGGUCUCUUCCUCAAGCUGCGGGCUUGCUUCGUUGCGGUAAAAGUUGUAGACUGAGAUGGAUAAACUAUCUGAGGCCAGACCUUAAACGGGGCAACUUUGCUGAAGAUGAGGAGGAGCUUAUCAUUAAGCUCCAUGCACUCCUAGGCAAUCGGUGGUCAUUAAUAGCCGGGAGAUUGCCGGGGCGUACAGACAAUGAAGUGAAGAACUACUGGAACUCCCAUUUAAGGAGAAAGCUGAUUAACAUGGGUAUCGAUCCCAAUAACCAUCGCUUGAAUAAUCAUAUCCAUCCUUCUUCUCCAAGUAAAAGGGUCGUCUCUGAUAGUGAGAUUUCAUCUGGUUCAAAGAACCAGGCAACUCAGUCAUGUCAACCAGCAAAAUCCCAUGGUGACAACGAUCGGGUCUCCGAUGCUGCAAGCUGCCUAGAGGAUGACACAUGUGCCUUGCCCGAUUUGAACCUUGAUCUUACAAUGACCACCAUUCCUUCUUCUUCUUCACUUGCUGUUGUGGAAGAAAGGCAUCAAAUUGCAGAACCAGAUACUGGAACAGAGCUUGAGAGUGCACCCUCCCCUACGCUUCUUCUCUUUCGAUGAUGGGAUUCUUGGAUUUGAUAUGUAAGCGAUCGAUUGGCAGACUACUGAUUUGGUCAUCAGGUACCUCUUUGUGGAAGUCGGAGCAAGGAUAUCAUCAUCAUAAGAGACCCGCCAGCUUUUUAUGCAAAACUCCCAUAUGGGUACGGUGAUUUCUCAUUUAAUGGAUGGAAUUUAUUGUAAAAUCCGUGCUUAAUUUACAGGUUAAACGUGCAUUAAAAGUAAAGAGGCCAGGGUUGAAGUGCACUCAUAGUAGUGACAAAAGGUGUAAUGUAUAUUCUUAUCGGCCAACACCAACUUAGAGUUGAGAUGUUGGAAUGACACUUAUGUAUAAUCCACUAGAAAUUGUGCUUUAAUUUGUACCCAUUAUGUAGCUCAAAUGAUGGAUACGGGCAUUUGAAUUUGACCUAUUAUUUGAGUUUUUCUGCUCAUCAAUUACUUAUGUACAUAGCUUUCAGUUAUGGUCUUAAAUUUUGGUAAAAUUUUGUGAAUUUUCA